AUGAUAGAAUAUGAUGGAAAUAAAGCACUAGGGCCAGAUGGCUUCAACCUGUUGUGCUUUCAAAAGUUUUGGAAAGUAAUGAAGGAUGAAGUGAUAAACUUUGUAAAUGAAUUUCAUAGGAAUGGAAGAUUGGUGAAGGGGAUCAAUAGUUCCUUCAUAACUCUUAUACCUAAGGAGGAAAACCCAAUAGGGCAAUCUAAUUAUAGGCCUAUAAGCUUGGUGGGGUCAAGUUACAAGGUCAUAGCCAAACUAUUGGCAAAUAGGCUGAAAGCAGUGAUACCUCACAUAAUUAGUGAAACACAGUCACCAUUCUUGAGUGGAAGGAAUAUAUUAGAUGGUGUGUUAAUUGCUAAUGAGGCGGUCGAUAGGUGGAAGAAAACAAAGAAGAAGGGGGUGGUUUUAAAAUUGGAUUUUGAGAAGGCAUAUGAUCCAGCUGGAUUAAGGAGUGUAUAUCAACUGCAAGGGUAUCAAUGCUUGUCAAUGGAUCUCCAACUGAAGAAUUCAUUCCAUAAAGGGGGCCAAAGAGCUCAGGAAUUAGGACUGAUUGAUGGAGUGAGCGUAGGUUCAAAUGGUGUUGUGAUUUCCUAUCUUCAAUUUGUAGAUGACUUACUAUUAUUUUGUGAAGCAAAUGGGGCAGAGGUGAGGAACUUUAAAAGAGUGCUAAGAUGCUUUGAAAUCAUGUCUGGUUUGAAAAAACAUUACUAUAAAAGUGUUGUGUGUGGUGUGGGUGUAUCAGAUGAUGUUAUGGAUGGCUUUGCGUCAUUACUUAAUUACAGAGUUAAAUCCUUGCUCCUCAGUUAUCUUGGGCUGCCAUUGGGGGCUAACUUAAAGAAGAAGGCCACAUGGAAACCUAUUUUGGAUAAAGGUAGAAGUAGGUUGGCUAGUUGGAAAAGGAAUUUGUUGUCUUUUGCAGGAAGGUUAACACUUAUAAAAUCAGUAACAUCAUCACUACCAAUGUACUACUUGUCUCUGUUCAAGAUGCCUGAAGGGGUUACUAAAGAAUUUGAUAAACUUCAAGCUGCAUUUUUGUGGGGUCGUUCAAAACUAAAGAGGAAGAUUCAUAUUGUCACACCCCAAACCGGGCAUGAUUGGCGGUGGCCCAUAAGGACUUAA